UAAGACCAUAUUUUAUGUUUAUGGUUAAAAAUGAAAAAUAUUUUUAUUUACCACUAAAUAUUAAAUACUUAUAUAUUACAGUUUUCAUAGAUUUUAAUUUUGAUUUCAACAUGUUAUGUAUAACAAUUAAUUAUUUUGAAUAUUUCAUUGCUAGUUUUAAUUAAGCUUCAGAAAAAGCCAUAAAAUUUCAAUUUAUGUUAUAUUGUGUUCAAGUACUAAUAUUAAUUGAAUGUUGAGCUAGUGAGGUUUCUAUGAAGCAUCCUUUUUUCAAAUUCAUUUAAACUUAUGAUUUCAUGUGGCUUCUGUACCAUUAUAUUAUUUUAAGUAGUUAGUAUUUAAACAAUUGUCUAGUAGUCUUUCUUUUUAUUCGAUAGUAUACAGUCGAGUUUCUUAUAGUAUUCAAUGUGUACAUGUAUUAAAGUCUAUUUACGCCUCAGGCUUAUUUUUUAAUAAAUAUGAAGUUCAUGAACUCCUUUUACCAGAGCCCUGUUCUUGUCAGUUCAGGGUUGGUAAGUUAUUAUCUCUUGGUAAGUUAUUAGUAUGUUAAAAAUAUUUUAUUUUCCUGUAAGUAAUUAUGCAUAUAUUAUGAUGCAAUCUAUAUACAAAAACAUGAAUGCACACAUUGAGUUGUUACAUUUUAGUAUUUAACUAAAUAAUAAAUAUGUUGUAUCCUAAUUAUAACACUUAAGUUAUAACCUUCAAGUAUAAUUGUAAAAGAUUAAAGUGUUUUAUUCUUAUUAUUAUUUUGUAUACCUAGAUUUUAUUAAUACCACUAUUUAAUACAAUUAUUAAAUUAGACUAAUUUUUUCUUUAUCUAUUAAAUUGAAAUAUAAAUGAUAUAAUUGCAAUUAGUUAUGUAGCAGCUCAAAUUGUGCAUUUCAUCACAGAAUUAUUAUGUAAUUUGCUGUUUUGGAUUAUUAUUAUUAUUGUUGUUAUUUAUUUGGAUUCAACUGUCAUCGAUACGGUGCCUGUUAAAAAAAAAAAAACAUGUUCGCCAAUGUACAUUUUGUUUACAGGACUCAUCAGUUACAUGCAUGGUUUUUAUAUCCAUGACGGACUCCAUAUUAUCAGAACGAAGUUGCUUGAGCUUGCUGAUACCUCUGAUCCAGAAAAAAUUAGUGUACCAUCUGCAUUCAAUAGUUUAACAACUGCAAAUUUGAAAAAUUCUGAUUGGAGUAUUGAAGAAACUUCUGUAGUUAAUCUGGAUGGAGCUGAUCUCAAUGAUUUUCCUGCUAAAUAUUCAGUUCCAUUACUACGGCCAUAUGAGUUUGCUGCUGUUGGUGUUUGGAUCCAUCCAAAUAUUGUGCCUGGGUUUAAAUACAAAGUCCGUCCAAUUGAAAAUAAAGAGCGUACAAGAUUCUUAUUUGAUAAUAGAGCAUUGGAAUUAAUGAGCAUUGGCCGUGGUUAUUCUAGACGUUUAACAUUUGAAGCUAGUCCAGGAUUGUUGAAUGAUAACGAAAAUUAUUUUUGGACUGAUUCCAUGCCUUCUGGUUAUGCAUUUCAAGUGCAUGUUGUGUCUGUUGGAGACAACUUCACAGUUUUUGAUGCAAACAAUGUUGCUGUGGCUACAAUAGAAGUCACUAAAAUCCCGAAUGCUCAGAGAGAAGUUGAUCACGAAGUAGUAAAGAAUGGCGAGGUGAGGAAACAUGUAGAAGUCAGCAUGUUGUGCAAAGUAGAUUGGUUCUAUAAAGAAGAUUCAUCUGCAAUAACACCUGUCACGGGUAUUGCUGUGGCUUCUAAACUACCACGUGGAUCAGCGAAGCUUAUUAAGAUAUUAGAUGCUUCUAUUGGUUUUAUACCAUGUCGAGGUUAUACUUUAAUACCAGGUGUAGAUGAUAAACAACGGCAAUUGGUAUUAAAUGGGCGUAGUAUUGGUGAUGCUCCCACUAUGUAUACAAUGACAGGUUUAGAACCAUACGAAUUGCCAGUGAUUGGCACUUAUGUUGAUCCAAGAAUCAUGCCUGGUUUUCAUUAUAAAGUACGUCCAACAGGUCAUAAGGAUUAUUUGUUUGAAGGUAAUGCGUUACAAUUAGUUAACAUUGGAAUGGGAUAUGGAAAACGUAUGACUUUUAAACCUGAUAGCCAUAACCUUAACAAUAACACAAACUUCUUCUGGAGUGAUUCAUAUCCAGAGGGUUAUGGUUUUGAACCUCAAGCUGUAUUUUGUGGUAUGAAGUUUGAUGUCAUGAAUGACACUCAACGUAUUGGUGAAGCCACAGUCUUCCGCAGUGAUAAUCCUCAAAUCGAGGAUCAACAAUGCAUUGUUAAAGGUACAACUGGAGUGACUGUGACAAAGUACAUCCAUGUGGAUGUUACAUGUCAAGUGAUGUUGAAGAGUGAUAAAUCUGACAAUGAGUCUCAUUCCGUUCGUGUUUCUGGUACUGCAGUUGUAGUCAAAUACUCAAAGCAAAAUGAGUCUAAAUUGUUGUAUAUCGAUAAUGUUGGUCUUAGCUCUAAGCUUAACUUGGUAUUUAUGAAUCAAAAGUCUCAUAUAAUUUUCCAAGCUAAAUAAUCACAAUAGAUAAUUCAUAAGUUCAGCUUAAGCACUCCAAGACAAGCAUAGAUGAUUAUUUUGUUCCUUUUACAGUUUAUAAAUGUGCCAUUUUCCGUAAAUCUACCUUGAGUAUUUUUUAUUGUCUUAUAGUUUAUCGGUUUAAUAUUCUCAAUUUGUUAGACAUUCGUUAAAUAUUUUUUAUAGUUAUAAAAUGUUUUGUAUUUUAAUUUGUUUUUGGCAUACAACUUAAAUUUUUAAAUUAUUGCAGGGUCUGUGUGCUAAGUAAAAUUUAUGAAUAAUUAUUGAUACAGUAAUCUGUAUGUUGUCUUACUGUAUAAAUAAUUAUUUGAACUGAUAAUUUGAUAAUUAAUCGAUGGAAAGAGCACAAAUGUGUGUUUGGUUUUUAAAAUAUAUUAUUGUCAAAAGUAUAUUUUAAUAAUUUUCUUAUCCUUCGCACAUUGUAUUAAUUUUUUUUUUUUAAAUCUAUUUUUUUUAGUACUCAGUAAUUAACCAUUGAGACAAUUUUAAUUUUUAUAGUAAUUUUUACUAGAAAACUAUGUAUUUAUUUAAUUAGUAUUGUAUGACUGAGUUCUAUGUUUAUUAGCAUAAACAAUAUUAUCUAUUUAUUAUUAUUCAAAUUAUUAAAAUGUAAUCAUAUUAUUUUUCAUUGGGACUAUUACAAAAGAAAUAUGUUAUACUUUAUUUCAGUUUAUCAUGUUAACUUAUAGUGAUUUAAUGUCUUGUUUAAUAAAUAAAAAAAAUUUAAAUCA